CUCCCUUCCCCCAAAGCCAGCCAGGAAAGCUUCCAAUGGCAGAUCAGCAUAAGAGAAGACACCGACAAUGCAUAGGUACAGCAGAUCAUUCAGUCAUCAGAACACACCUGUAUAUGACACCACCUGGAUGCAGAUCCAGGCAUGAGAAAAUAUGGCCUGUCCAGGCAGACACGGGGUAGAUAUUCGGCCAAGGGCAAGGCCACGCACAAGGUGCAGGCAUGCAUACGACUCAUCGGGAAAAGUGCCGGGGACAGUGAAGGUGCAGACUAUCCAACCAGGUCUGGAGUUUCGCAUACACCCAUGCAAGCAGGAAGUAGUGUUUUAUAUCCCACAUCACGGCCAACCUUACACAGCACGCGUACAAAGCUCGGUGCACACAUGAGCUGAUGGUAGACCAGCACUUCAUUCAGCACAUGUUGUAUCCGCGGUGUUGAACAGAACCCGGUCAAUGGAGUGACGAGGAUCCGGAGAACACGCCGCAGCCGUCAUAAGAACC